AUGGAAGUUUACAAGGUUCUUGCUAUUUUCCUGGCAAUUUUUCUUCAUUUUGGAAAUGGUCGGGCAAUUGCAUUAAACAAAAUCGGGCAUGGAAUCGAAGAUGGCGGAGAUCCGUCCACGCUAGGUGCUGCCGCAUGGAGACAGAAAAGGUCCCCUGGUGACGAGCCCAGUUGUUACACUGGUACACAUGCGUCACUCACUUUGCCAAGCAACAGAACAGUUACUGUUCCCAUUUGCAAGGCAAUUACGUCUUACAAAACAGCAUGUGUCAGUUCGAUGGCAAACAACAACAACCAAAGGAAAUGUGUUCCAUCCCAUAUAAAGUCGAUGGAAGGGGUGGCGUUUAGUACAGCCUGUUCAUGUGCACCAUAG